AUGGACGGAAAUAUGCCCAUUCUAUAUCAUGAACAUAUUACCCCGGAGCGCGAGUGUCACUCCCAACGUGAACACGAUAGAGUCAAUUGCCUCCAGAUGACGUCCCCUACCAGGCGCAAUCGUCGACAUGCUGCUCAUGAUAGGCCUGCCCCUCAUCCUCCUCCUCACUUUCCAUAUGAACCACUACCAGUUGGGCAAUAUCCUGGCUUGCCACGUAAUGCCAUUGCGCAUGUGCAACGUGCUCAUCAGCACCCUCCUGUUGAUUAUAAUGCAUGCCUGAAUGAGCAGAUGAAUGCAGCUCAUAAUGAUAGACGCCGCCAGCGCAACCGUCGUAGGCAACAGGACAGAGAGGAGAUAAGAGAGCAGGCACAGGCAGAGCUAAUGGCAGCUGGGAUGCAGCCCAUGCAGGUACCUCAGGUCCAUAAUGAACCUGCUCAACCUGCUCCUGCUCCUCCUGUAUAUGGUGCUAUUCAUUAUGAGGGCGCAGUUGGUCCUCACAACUUUGACAAUCCUCUUCAUUACUUUGCGCCUAAUCCUGCACUGCCUUUGCAUGGACCGCCUGAACCUGAUUAUCAUCAAUUUAAUAUUCAGUUUCAACACCAUUUACAGGCAGAGCAAAUGGACAAUGAGCGCAUUAGAAAUGACUUGCUUCAAAGGCAAGCACAGGAGGAAUUUCGACGACGUCAAAUUCAGCUACAAUUGCAACAACAAGAAGCUGAGAGGAUCAAUAGAGAGGCUCAAUGGCGGCAUGAGGAGGCUCUUUGCCUGCAGCAAGAAGCUGAGAGGAUCCAAAGACAGGCUCAAUUGCAGUAUCAAGAGGCUCUUCACCUGCAGCAGCAAGAAGCCGAAAGGUUUCAAAGACAGGCUCAAUUGCAGCAGCAGGAGGAUCUUUGUUUGCAGCAAGAAGAAGCUGAGAGGAUCCAGAGACAGGCUCAUUUGCAGCAGCAGGAAGAGGAGCAGCAGAAUAGGCUGGCUCAGGAUCGUGUGCAAGCAGGUCGACAGGAAGAGGAGCAGCACAAUAGACGAACUCAGGAUCGUAUGCGAGCAGGUCAAGAGGAAGAGGAGAUCCAACACCAGAGGCAACAAAGGAUUCGCAAGCAAGCAGAGCAUCUAGAAGAGGUGCUGCAUGAAUAUAAUGAUCCUGCUUCUCAAGAAAAUCAUGCUGCUGAUGAAGAAAGGAGAAGAGCUCAAGAGAUUCAGCAGCAUGAGGAGCGUGAGGCAGAGGACCAACCUAUAAACAUUCAUAGUCUUGGUCCUCUUAAUGUAGAGUGCACCAAGUGCCAUGCAUUGCACUUUGCAUCCGAAAGACUCUUGAAAUCCUCCCUACGGAAUCCAAAAUUCGGUACAUGCUGCUUGGAGGGUAAAGUUGUCCUCCUGCCCUUUCCACCAUGGCCACCAGAACUGCAGCGCGCUUAUACUGACAGGACAUUUGUCUCCAAGAUUCGGCAGUACAACAGCGCUCUUGCAUUCACGUCGGUCGGUGUCGAUAUCGAGGAUAGAGCCCUCCAAGGCUCUGGCCCCAAUGCUUUUCAUAUUCAUGGAUCUCUGCAUCACCUCAUGGGUAGUCUCAUACCUCCAGAAGGCAUUCAGCCUUCAUAUGUGCAACUUUAUAUCUACAAUCCCGAGGAAGCCACCAACAUUUGUGCCACCCGACCUGGAAAUGAAGGUCUUGAUCGCGGCAUUCUCAGGGAGCUCCAUGACAUGCUGUAUUGA